AGAGGAGGGAGAGAGAAAAGAGAAAGAGAGAGAGAAAAGAGAAAGAGAGAGAGAGAGGGAGAGGGAGAGAGAAAAGAGAAAGAGAGAGAGAAGGAGAGAGAAAAGAGAAAGAGAGAGAGAGAGGGAGAGAAAAGAGAAAGAGAGAGAGAAAAGAGAAAGAGUGAGAGAGGGAGAGAGAAAAGAGAAAGAGAGAGAGAGGGAGAGGGAAAAGAGAAAGAGAGGGAGAGGGAGAGAGAAAAGAAAAAGAGAGAGAGGGAAAGAUAACGAAAGAGGGUUUAGAUUAAAGGUUUAAAGGUUUAGUUUGAUUCUAUUUGUUACAAUGGAUAUUCUUAGUGUGACAUAGUGUCUCUCAUUUUGCUUCUAAAUUAUCCCCUGUGUGCAAGGAUUGGCUGGGGUUACCAUCCACUGGUGACGAGGGAUAUAAAUGCAGGUCAGCAAGAUUGCUAGAUGAGAUUGCUAUCGCUGCAACACACAACACACACAAAGACAGAGAAAGAGAGAGGGAGAGAGUAAGAGAGAGGGAGAAGGAGUGAUCUUAACAUCAUGUUAAGUUUAUGACUGAAGAAUAUAUAUGUAGAAAGUGGUCCAGGUUGACAACUUUUAUUGGUGUUUGUUAUUUUGUAUAUUAUUCUGAUUUUGUUUACUUAAUAUCAUCUGAAUUAUCAGGUAUGAGGAGUGUUUGGCACAGAAGGAUGCUGCAAAAACAACAGCACAAAAGCUCAGCGACAAGAUAUCAGAUGGUGAGAUCCAUUCGUCCACCUUAGAAACUGACCUUAAAAUUGAACGGGAAUGGCGUCAGUCCUUACAAGAGACCCUGAUGAAAGACCGAGAAUCCUUGGCUCAAUUCCAGAGGCAGAUAGCUGAGUUGCAGAAGAAGGAAGAUGAAUAUGAGGUUCUGAAGGGAGCACACAUCCAGCUGAUAUCGACAGUAGAAAAUCAAGAGAGAACACUUGAAGAACUUGGUGCUCAUUUGUCAGAAUCAAAGCUCAAGAUGGCAGACCUACGUGAUGUUAGUAAAUCAUUGCGUGAUGCUCAGUGGGCCCCGGACAAAGAGGCUUCCCACUGCCGUCUCUGUGAGAAAGAGUUUAGCAUAUCCCGACGCAGACACCACUGUCGGCACUGUGGGAACAUAUUUUGCCAUAGCUGUAGUGAUAAUACCAUGCCCCUGCCCUCUUCCGCUCGACCAGUGAGAGUCUGUGAUACUUGCCACACUCAGCUGUUGCAGAGAUACUCUAAUUCUGAGAACUGAAUAUGUGUAUUGUUUCAUUUAUUGUUUUGUUAUGAAUAUAUAGAUAAUGGUACUGUUUUGCACUGCUGGAUCACAAAUGACCACAAGUAUAAACAACAGCAACAUUAUAUUGCCAUAUCAAUUUGCCUUUGUGUUUGAAUGUGUAUAGUCCAUGUGCAUUAGAAUGCUUCUGUGUGUGAAUGUGUUUGUCUGUUUAUAUACAGAUGCAUCUAACACAAACACACACACACUCAAUGAGUUGGAAACAACUGACAGACAACAGACAUGUUAACCUGUCAGCAUAUCUUUAUCCAUUCUAUAUAAACAGAUAUUUGCUUAGUUAUCUCCUGCUGACAUUCUCUAUACAUCUGUAUACACACACACACACACACACACACACACACACACACACACACACACACACACACACACACACACACACACACACACACACACACACACACACACACACACACACCAAAAAAAAAAUACAACUCAAAACACACAACACAAAACACACAACACACAACACAAAACACAAAACACACAACACACAACACACAACACACAACACACAACACACAACACACAACACAAAACACAAAACACAAAACACAAAACACACAACACACAACACACAACACACAACACACAACACACAACACAAAACACAAAACACAAAACACAAAACACAAAACACAAAACACAAAACACAAAACACAAAACACACAACACACAACACACAACACACAACACACAACACACAACACACAACACACAACACACAACACAACACAACACAACAACACACAACACACACACCCACUGACUUGAUAUUCAACUGUUUGCUUCCUGUAUAUUUUAUUAAUCUGCCUGUCAUUUUUGCUCCCUCUCUCUCUCUCUCUCUCUCUCUCUCUCUCUCUCUCUCUCUCUCUCUCUCUCUCUCUCUCUCUCUCUCUCUCUCUCUCUCUCUCUCUCUCUCUCUCUCCCUCUCUUCCUCUCUUCCCUCUUGUUGCUCCUCCUCCUCCUCCUCCUCCUC